CGCAGGAGGAGCUCAGACUGUAAACAUCUUGAAGUUUGAAGACUGAAAUGGAUACGGGCAAAGGCGGCCCACUUCCCUACAUCGCUGAGCAUGACCGUGGCUCCUUCAUGAGCCCAGAGACCAAGUUGGCCAUCUGGUUCUCCUUCCAGGUUUUGGGAGGGCAAAUCAUGAUGCCCAUCCUUGUUGCGACAUUCGUGUUCUCCAAAACUGCGAAACGAGACCCGACACUUGUUAAUCUCUGCGGGACUUUCAUCUUGACUGGCUUCUGCGGAUGUUUAUUACUGUAUGCAGGUCAGGCGUACGGUCCUGAACCAUCCAAGGGCUUGUGUAUUUUACAGGCAUCUCUGGUCACUGCUUGUCCACCCACAUGGUCCGUGGCAAUGCUUGCCCUGGUGUAUCAAACAUGGCAUUCGCUUGAUACCAAACUGAAAACGCGACCUAUUUCGCGGCGAUGGAAGAUUUUCAUGGUUUUAGCGCCAUACAUAGCAUUCUUAGGUUGGGCUACCAUCACAGCCAUUUUAUCAGGGAUGCACCCUGCCAAGGUCAGCCGCAAGAGACGACUUCUCUACUGCUCCCUUGAUUAUGAACAUUAUACGAACUCGGUGUCCAUAGCAACAACAGUGGCUUGUGCAGUGAUCAUCGCCUUUGCAGUUCGACUCGGUGUCAGGCUGUUCCGCGCUUGGCGGUUCGCACACAGGGCUGGCCAGGUUCCAGAUGUCAACUUUCGCCUUGCACUUCGACUCGUUGUCUUCAUGCUGUAUAUUUUCGGAGGCACAGUGUUUAGUGUAUGGUCAAUAUUCGAUAGGCAGAUGGAUACGACGGGCCGAGACUUGUUCAUUGCCACAAUGGGCGUGGCUGUCUUCGUUGUCUUCGGAACACAGAGGGACGUUGUCCAGGCAUGGUUCUUCUGGCGCCAUCCCAGAUCCACAGAUUCACGACUCGAGGAUGAAAAGACUCUGACAGCCCAUGAUAUCGACGCGAAGUUCGGGGAACAUGAUCUCGCCGUGUCACGCAGCUCGACUCCUGUGAUGGUCAUUGGCAACCCGGGUCGGGGAGCAAACGAGGGAGUGUGAAGCAUCGGAUUUUAUGCGUGCUUCCUGCCAGUGCCUGUGACUUGCCCGUUUCCAAGUCGUUGGUUUCUAUAUUCGCUUCAUUGUCAUUCGUAUGGUUCGAGCUCCUUUGUAUCUGCGCGGUCAGGCCAGGCGUCCAACUGCUUUUGCACUCUUAAUUUAAGUUAGGUGGAAGUUCUCUUUAUGUGUAAUAACUACUAUCCUUGUUUUUUUUUUAUCACAUUCGUUACAACGAUAGCGACCUAGGGAUGGGUGUAUGAUUAGCGAUUUUCACACAGUAUGUCUUCCUUGCUUAAUACAAAGUGGAUGAUCCUU